CUACACACCAAGGCCAGGCCCAGGUCCGGCUGGAUUCAAAGCGUGUACCGGACGGAGACGUUGUCAUUAAACAAUAAUAUAGUAAUAAUAAUAAUAAUUAAAUACAAUAAACCCGAAAACUCACGUCACCGAAAAGUCAGCCUUGGGCCUCUCUUUUCUUUUUCCUCCAAUUUGUUUAAUUUCCCUUCGCCCAAUAUUCAUUCGCUCCUCAGUCCUCCCUUUCGUCUUUCAUUUUCUUUCCAUGCUUCGCCCUUCGGCCGUCCCAUUCCCGUAGAACAGUGUACAACAAGGUUGUCAAACCGGUUUAAGUCAUUGAGCCGGCAAGCAAGGGGUUUGAGGUUUAAUGGUCUGAUCGGGGUCCGGCCGGUUUGAGCCGUUUUAGACGUUUUCUAAAUAUAUAUACAAAUAAAGUAGUAAUUAAAAAUUUAAUGAGUGAAAUAAAAUUUAUCUUGCAUAUAUCUAUUAAAAACUUAUUUUCAACAAAAUAAAUCUACCUAACCUCCAUGAUCCACCUACCAUUUCCCUUCCUUCGUUCUUUUUCCUCUCUUCUGCCUCUCUUCUUCUCCCUGUUUAGGGGUCAGGCCGGGGGGUUUUCUGGAAGUCAUUUUGAAGCCCGACUCGAGUUAAACCGGGUCCAACCGGGGGGUUCGAUAGGGGUUUAACAACCUUGGUGUACAACUAAUAAAACACACCUUCCUUCAUCCGCACCCGACAAUCAAUUUACCAACACCAACACCAACACCAAAAACAAAAACAAAAAAGGAAAACAAAAGAGACUUUUCACUCACUCUCUCUUCUCCAGCCGGCUCUCCAGUUCUUCGCUCCACAACAGAACAACCCAGCGGAGAUAUGAUCCAUCCGCAUCCGCCAUCUACGCCACCGCGAUUCUGAUCCCUCCUCCUUCGAUUUCUCUCCCUCUCCUUCCGAUUACUCACCCGCAGGAUAUUCUCUCUUCUAUUCCCUCCAUCGCAAACCCUAAGAUUCCAGAGGAAGAGGUGAACGAGACCGGCCCCGGCGCCGCUCACUUCCAGAUGGCGACCACCACCACUACCAGCCUCGGCGGCGGCGGGGGCGACGAUCGGGUCAUGGCCACGGCGCAGCAGAUCGUCAAGAGCCUCAACACGCCGGCCAACGUCAGGGAAGACAUGCUCCUCAUCUUCUCCAGCUUCGACAACCGCCUCUCCAACAUCACCGAUUUGGUCAACGACGACGACCGCAAGGCCCGCUCCAAGCUCGACGCCGCCGAGCAAGUCAUUAUGCGCUGGGAUUCGUCUCAAACCGCUCUUCCCUCCUGGUGCGACUGCCCCGAGGACGCCGUCGACUACUUGACUGCCGUCGACGAGGUCCUCGACCUGCUCGACGACCUCUCCUUUAAGGAUGCCAGCAUCGAGGCCGUGGACCGGGCCGAGACCGCCGUCCAGGUUGCUAUGACGAGGCUGGAGGAAGAGUUUCGCCACAUCCUCACCAGGAACACUGUCCCGCUCGAUGCCGAGAGGCUGUACGGGUCCAUUCGUAGGGUCUCUGUCUCGUUUGUGGGUAACGAGGGGGAGAUCAUCGACGACGAAUUCGAGAGUUUCGGUGAGGUAGAUAGUGCUCGUGGGAGCGGCUAUUUCCACGAGCGCGGGGCUAGUUUGGGCGAUGAUAUUUGUGUGGAUUUGAUCAACCCUGAUGCCGUUGGGGAGCUGAGGGAGAUCGCUGAUCGAAUGAUCCGUUCUGGGUACGAGAAAGAGUGUGUUCAGGUUUACUGUAGUGUCAGGAGGGAGGCUCUGGACGAGUGUUUGGCUAUCUUGGGAGCUGAGAAGCUUAGCAUAGAAGAGGUUCAGAGGAUUGAAUGGAAAAUUUUGGAUGAGAAGAUGAAGAAAUGGGUGCAGGCUGUUAAGAUUGGAGUUAGGGUUCUUCUCUCUGGGGAGAAGAGGCUGUGUGAUCAGAUAUUCGGGACCUCCGAUUCAGCUAGGGAGAUUUGUUUCAAUGAGAAUGCUAAAGGGUGUAUAAUGCAGCUGCUAAAUUUUGGGGAGGCGGUGGCCAUUGGUAGGAGAUCAUCAGAGAAACUCUUUAGGAUCUUGGAUAUGUAUGAUGUACUGAGAGUUGUUAUUCCAGACUUGGAGAUGAUGGUAACAGAUGAUUUCCUGUGUGGUGAGGCAAAGGGAGUUCUCUCUGGACUUGGAGAAGCUGCUAAAGGAACUUUCUCAGAGUUCGAGAGCGCCGUGCAGAACGAGAGUUCCAGGAGGCCUAUGGUUAGUGGGGAGAUUCAUCCCCUUACACGGUAUGUGAUGAACUAUGUGAAAUUAGUAGUGGACUAUAGCCAGACAUUGAAUUCCCUCUUGACGGUGAGUGAUGAGGAUGAAUCUAGUGGUGGCUCGGGUUCACAUACUGAUGACGGUGAGGAGAAUGCAACUCCUAUAUCAAGGAGGGUUUUGGCCCUAUUGGCAAACCUAGAGUCAAAUCUCGAGGAGAAGUCUAAGUUAUACGAGGAUGGUGCUAUGCACUACAUAUUCCUGAUGAAUAACAUUCUGUACAUGGUGCAGAAAGUAAAAGACUCGGAACUCAUUAAGGUGGUGGGAGAUCAGUGGGUUCGAAAACGCCGGGGAAAGAUACGUCAAUAUGCUACCUCUUAUCUUAGGGCUGCUUGGAGUAGGGCUUUGUCAUGUUUGAAGGAUGAAGGGAUUGGUGGAAGCUCGGGGAGUGCAUCGAGAGUGGUUUUGAAAGAAAGGUUUAAGAGUUUCAAUGCAUGCUUUGAAGAUAUAUACAGGGUUCAGACAGGAUGGAAGGUCCCAGAUCCUCAGCUUCGCGAAGAGCUAAGAAUCUCUAUAUCUGAAAAAGUGAUACCUGCUUACCGGGCGUUUAUGGGACGGUUUGGAAGCCAUCUAGAGAGCGGGAAGCAUUCAGGGAAGUACAUAAAGUUCACACCAGACGAUCUGGAGAAUUAUGUGCCUGAUCUAUUUGAAGGGACACCUCUUGUUAUUCACCACUUGAGAAGGAAGAGUUAGUAGGAUGGAUAGACUGGGUGGCUCGGGUAACAGGUAUCAAUCACUUGCUUGCUUAAGACUUAGAAGAAGGAACGGAGUUCCUCGUUUCGAAUGUAUGCGCGAUAUAUGGUUUUUUUUUCUUUUCUUUUUCGUUUUGUUUAUUAGUUGUUGGUUAUUGUCAAUGCUUGAGUAGAGAAACAAACAGAUGCUCCCUGAAAGUCGAAACAGUCUUUGAAUGCUGUAUUUUAAGUUUGUUGUACAUUUAAUAUAGACUCUUAAGUAUCCAUUCUCAUUUUUGCCAAUACUGCAGCUGGUUCUUAGUCACGAAUGAAGCUCAGUGGUUUGAGUGCGUAUGUGAAUCCAAGUUAACAGAUUCGUCUCAAUAAACGAUGCUGUGCCAUUGGCGAAGUGUGUUUCUCUUGUCAUGUCAACAUAACCCACCCCUAAAGACUGAAGUUUUGCAGUUGAGAAUUAUGUUAGAACUGUAAACAUCGUGCAGGUUUGAUAAGUUAGUUCUCGUUCUGUGUGUGUGUGUGUCGAUAAGGUAUACCUUGCAUACGUGAAUAAGAUCCAGUCAUAGAUACGGUAGAUUCUUUGUUGUUCUUCUUUCGUGUUAGUAGCCACUGGAUCAUUGUGGCAUAUCCUUCCUCUGUUUAGGCAGGGCCUAUUAGUGAAGUGUUGUGUUUAUUAGGGUGCUGCUGUGUUUGCCUGAUAAUGUUAUCAGUGUUGAGACGGGAUUUUGUUUGUCCAUCUUAAACCAGAGGCAGCUAACCCGGAUACAAACCAAACCACAUGCGCAUUGCGCGGUUGCGGCCAAGGCUAACAGAGCAGUAGCCUUGCUCAUCCGGAUACUAGUUGUGUGUGCCUGCGUCCAUUUCAACUUUUUCUUCGUCGUUGAGGAAGGUCGUGAAUGGGCGGGCAGGAAGGAGGGGACUGGAAGAAGUGCAAAUUGGAAUCACCGUGGAGGAAGGAGGGUUUUGUCUGUUCGCUCACCUGAGUUCCCAUAAGACAAGGCUCGGGUCUGGGCGACAACAUAAAGACUUUUUCCCCUU